AUCCUGCACUUGAACGUCGAGCAGACCCUUGAAGACCCCUUCCCUUCCCUUCCUCUCCCUUGGCCUCGCUGCUUCCACUCUCUAUUUGACUGUCGCCCGCUAUUUAAGCUAUCUACGUGGCAACUUCCUCUCAUUCACUACGUCCCCCCGCUCAGCUAUGGCCCCCACUCUCGCUAAAGUCUUCCUCGGUCUCGCUACCGUCCUUUCCCUGUCCUCUGCGGUCACUGCGGAGUCUCACACUAUCGCCUUUGACAACCAGUGUGGCAUGGGAACUCCCACGCUAAUCCUUAACGGUCAGAUCGUCUCUACAGGAGAGCCGUAUACUCAAACAAGCACCAUAUCUGGCAUUGCAUACCUGCAAACUGGUAAUUGCGGCUUCAAUGGAGAGAACUGCACCCUCAUGGAGAUGACCCUGAAUGACCCAACUUGCCCAGGUUGCGGCUCUUCCACGGACAUCAGUCUCAUCCCUCCUCAUGCGUUCAACGUAGAAGCUUCGUUCAGCUACUACAACGGUUGCAACGGUCAAGGCACGACUUGCUCCUCUGCUGACUGCUCGGAGGCCUUCCAUGUCUCCACCGACAAUCAGGUUCAAGUUGCGUGCGAGUUAGACGAUGUCAACCUACUCAUCACCUUCUGCGGUAAUGCCAUGACAAACGCACUUGUUGUCGGUGGUUCGGGCAGCGUUCAGAGCUCGUCUUCCGCCCCUCUCCCUGCCACUUCUUCCGCAGCCCCCUCUGCCGCUCCCCCCGUCACUUCCUCCGCUGCUCCCCCCGCCACUUCCUCCGCUGCUCCUCCCGCCGCUUCCUCCGCUGCUCCCCCCGCCAUUUCCUCCGCUGCUCCCC